AUGUCUCAAUCCAAGCAGCCUCGACCUGUCAAUGACGACGUUGUGCAGCCCCAAUGCUUCGAACUUCCCAUGAGAAAUGAAACGCUGAACGUACCAGACCUAGAGGGUCAGCUCAAGUAUAUAGCGGUAAGGAAAACAGACAAAGCGGGCGAAGAUAUCCCCGAACUUCUUGACAAGCUUCGGCAAACAACCACGACAUAUGGUGAGACCAGCGGCCAUGCAGGUGAACUGCUGCUUCAAGCAAACCAAAUCCAAGCCCUUGACCAACCAAACAGAGGAUUUUUGAGGAACCUCUUGUCUGUGAAUAGGGGUAUUUUGAAGGAUGUCGAUACCAGCUUCCUUGACGAACCAAACGAUGACUGGGUCUCGAUCACGAAGCAAGACAGACUGGAUCGGCUCAUCAGUCUGAUCUUGGCCACCAAGAUUGGCAGGGCACUGGCCUGUCAGAAACCGCUCCGAUCAAAGACAGAAAUGAUCGGGGAAGACAAAUUAGAUGACUACCACGAAGGAGUAAUGAAGUUUGCGAUAUUUACUGUUUUCAGUCUCAUCCUGGGAGUUUUUACCUGUGCCCCGGCCGGGAUCCAGUCUUUGAAUGUGGUAUCGACUGUUGGGGAAGUAGCGGUAUAUGUGGCAUUUGUAAUAGUGUUUGGCUGGUUAAGCCUGGGCUUUUUGGGGGGCUUCGAGAGAUCGCUCUUGACUUCCCUGGCUUUUGCAGGACUGAUGGCAAAUCUUUUGCGCGGCAACAACUGA